AUGCAGAAACUUGCUGUUUUCUUCCUUGCUCUAGUGCUUCUCGCUUGCGCCGAACAAAAGUGCAACGUAGACAAGGACUGUUCUCCAGGAGACAAAUGCGUCGAAGGAUCCUGUGCUUUCAAUCCGCACUGCCCAACGGUCGAUUCUCCGGAAGUAAAGGAUGGAUGCAAAGUCCAACUGGUGGCGGAUGAGAACAAUUGUUCAAAGAUCAAAAUUGUUUGCUAG